CAGCUGCUAUGGAAACUCAUUCGAAGAAAAUGGCAGAAGUCAAGCUCUUCAGAACAUGGUCUAGCCGUUUUGCUUUGAGAAUAGUCUGGGCACUGAAGCUCAAAGAUGUCCAAUAUGAUACCAUCUUUGAAGAUCUCUCAAACAAAAGCCCUCUGCUUCUUCAAUACAACCCUGUUCAUAAGAAGGUUCCAGUGCUUGGGCACAAUGGAAAAUCAGUUGCUGAAUCACUUGUGAUCCUUGAAUACAUUGAAGAAACAUGGAAACAGAACCCUUUGCUAUCCGAAGAUCCUCACGAAAGAGCCGUUGCACGCUUUUGGGCAAAAUUUGGUGAUGAAAAGGUAUUGCCAUCUAUUUGGGAAGCCUUCAACAGUGAAGGGAAAGAGCAAGAGGAAGGUAUUGUGAAGGCCAAGGAGAACUUGAAGUACUUGGAAGAGGAGCUAAAGGGGAAGAAAUUCUUUGGGGGAGAGCAUAUUGGAUUUGCAGAUAUUGCACUUGGAUGGCUUGCAGAGUAUGAGAAUGUGUUUGAAGAGGUAGCUAGCAUGAAAGUGAUAGCAGAAGAUGAGUUUCCAUUGUUAUCAGAAUGGAAAAGGACUUUUGCAGAUGCUCCUAUAAUCAAAGAGAAUUGGCCUCCCAGAGACAAACUUGUCACCAGAUAUCAGGCUUUUCGAGAGACCAACCUCUUGAACAAGGCACCUAAAUGAAAUGGUUUGUGACACCAGAGAAGAUUAGCAGCAGAAGACUACAUGAAAAUCUGUGUUUCCAAAUGCAGGUCAAACUCCAGUAUCAAGUACUCAAAAGGCAUAUAAAAUUUUCUUUUUGCCAGAUGGCAUUAGUAUGAACUAAAUAAAACGUUCUUAGCAACUACUUUUCAAUUAUCAAACACGAAACAGAGAAUGUUCUGUCAAUGAUUAUUGUCCUAGAACUCAUUUGCUAGCCAAACUAGUAGGUACUGAAGAGAUUAGGAACUAGAUUCAAAUUCAGAAGAAGUAUCCUGAAACAUGAUAAGCAAUCAAAUACAUUUGCAUGAAA